CCUUUCCUGCGAGGGGAGGGGGCUGAGCAGCCGGGCACACAUCGCCUUCCUCCUCCUCAUCCUUCUCCUUCCAUCUCGGCUGAAGCUGCACUUUCUCCGGCUUCAAUGAAACUGGCAGCGAUGAUCAAGAAGAUGUGUCCCAGCGAGGCCGAGCUGAGCAUCCCCGCCAAGAACUGCUACCGCAUGGUCAUCCUGGGCUCCUCCAAGGUGGGCAAGACUGCCAUCGUCUCCCGCUUCCUCACCGGCCGCUUCGAGGAGCAAUACACACCCACCAUCGAGGACUUCCACCGCAAGUUCUACAGCAUCCGCGGGGAGGUCUAUCAGCUCGACAUCCUGGACACGUCGGGCAACCACCCCUUCCCUGCCAUGCGCCGCCUCUCCAUCCUCACAGGAGAUGUGUUCAUCCUUGUGUUCAGCUUGGACAACCGAGACUCCUUUGAGGAGGUGCAGCGCCUGAAGCAGCAAAUCCUAGAGACCAAGUCAUGCCUGAAGAACAAAACCAAGGAGAACAUCGAGGUGCCCCUGGUCAUCUGCGGCAACAAAGGCGACCGUGACUUCUACCGGGAGGUGCAACCCCGGGAGAUCGAGCAGCUGGUAGGAGGGGACCCCAAAAAAUGCGCCUACUUCGAGAUCUCGGCCAAGAAGAACAGCAGCCUCGACCAGAUGUUCCAGGCUCUCUUUGCCAUGGCCAAGCUGCCCAGCGAGAUGAGCCCCGACCUGCACCGCAAGGUCUCGGUCCAAUACUGCGACAUCCUGCAUAAGAAGGCGCUGAAAGGCAAGAAGCUGCUGAAGGAGGGGGGCCGGGGCAGCACGGAGGAGGCGUUCGGCAUCGUGGCCCCCUUCGCCCGGCGCCCCAGUGUCCACAGCGACCUCAUGUACAUCAGGGAGAAGGCCAUCGGUGGUGGGCACAGCAAGGAGAAGGAUCGCUGCGUGAUCAGCUAG